AACCAGACAUUAGUAAAAUUUCAAAAUUAGUCAGUACCUCAAAACUCCCAUUCAGUCAAGUGUAAAAUUAUGUGGAGUAGAGGCACAGUACUGGUAUUACUACUCAUACAUUUGACCCAAGUUCCAGUUAUGGAACUUAAGAAAACUGAAAAUUACAAAAGUAUUAAUUUUGUGACUUCGGAAACAACCACGGAUAAAUUAUAUGUACGGGAAUAUCGCAUGGAUAUCCGCAAGGACAGACGUAUUGCGGAUAUUUUUGUCGAGGUCGGGCAGCAGGUGCCAAUGAAUGUGACCUUAUUGGUUACACUGAAAUUACAAAUUUCGGCCAAAGAUCCAGAGCGGCAACAACGAUCUCCAACCAUGUUUCAAGUUGAAUUUAAAUACUGUGAAUUGCUGUCGAAGAAGAAUGCAAGAUUGUCGGGGUUCCUGUUGCCGUUUCUCAAGAAAUCCUUUGCGAAAAGUCAAUUUCCCAAGAGGUGUCCCAUAGAGGCGGGUAACUAUUCAUUGAUUGGUCUAAAUUUAGAAGAUCUAAAAAUACCCACAUUUUUACCAACCAGCCAAUACGAUGUAACGGUGUAUGGAUUUAUACCAAGGAAAACGAACAAAGAAGUGUUGGUCGGUUUACAUUUGUUGACCGAAAUAAAGUGAGGACUACCGAGGAAGAAUUGUAAUGAGUUGGCGUAAUUGGAAAGACAUUUAUUUGAAUUACAUGGUAAUAAAAGGGGUAGGGGCAUGACAUGAGAGAGGUCUCCUAU